AUGUCUACAAAAUCGAAAAAACCUGACAAUAAUCUAAACGGAAUUCGUUCUGGAAAAAAGCAAAUCAAUGAUAUAACAGAUCGGACAAGACGAAUCGUAUUAGAAAAAUUUUCUGAUGAACAAUUGGCAGAAUUUCGAGAACUAUUUGAUAUGUUCGAUAAGGACAAUCAAGAGAUGUUAACAUUGCAAACACUUGUUUCUGUGAUGAAAACAGUAGGUCAUUCGCCGACUGAAUCAGAUAUGAUUGAUUUAAUGCGCGAUAUUGAUAUUGACAAUUCUGGUGCAAUAGAUUUUUAUGAGUUUGUAAAUGUUAUUUCACAUAAUAUGUAUCCAAGUGAAACAAAUCAAGAAAUUCGACAAGCUUUUGAUUUGUUUGAUCAAAAUCAAGAUGGACUCCUAACAUUUGAUGAUUUAAAAUUAACUAUUGAGAAAUAUCUUAAUAGUUCAAUGAACGAUUUUGAAACACAUCAAAUGAUUGAAUUAGCAGAUCGCAAUGGACAUGGACAUGUAUCAUUUGAAGAUUUUCUUCAUGCGGCUGUUUGUCGAAAUGACAAGAAACGAAAUAUUAUCAGCAGAUUUGGCAAUUGUUUAAUUGUAAUAAGUUUUCGUUGUCAAUAUAAGUCAACGCCAAUGUUUAUUAAUUUAUUUGCCUUCUUCUUUCUGUUGGUGGAACUGUUGUCACUAGGUGGUCUGUCAUCGAUCAAUGGCAAUGAUAAUCAACACCAAGUACAAAUAGCAAAUACACUUGUCAAUCAGUUGCCUUUCUCAACAAUACUCAGUAGUACUGCUUCAAUAAAUAUGUAUUGGCUGAAAACAUUAAAAAAUAUAACAGAAUAUCGUGGCCGAACAAUUCUUUUAGAAUGUCAAGUUACAUCUUUAUAUCCAGUAUCAUUCAAUUGGUAUAGAUAUAAUAAUCCAAUGAAUAAAAAUAGUUUUAAUGUCAAUGAAAAUUUAUUUCAAUCGAGUAUUCGAUUAAAUAAUCUGCAAGAGUCUCAGACUGGUUUUUAUACCUGUGAAGUAUCGAAUGGUUUCCAAAUAUUAACGUCAACUGGCUAUGUUCGAAUGAAAAACUCGGAUAUUGAUCCAAUUGAUGAUUCAAAUGAUGAUUCAUUACCAUUCAUUGAAUUUCAACCUGAAAUCAUAACAAAUAAUGAAGAAGUAAUAGAUCAGCUGACAUGUGAACUGUAUACAGGCAAUACUUGUCGAUCAAUGCUUGUAUCGAAUUAUGUUCCAAUGAAUAAAUUCGAUCAGAAGGAAACAGAACAGAAGCUAAUUGAUAGUAUUCAAUUAAUGUCAAACGAAUGCCGUCGGCUAUUGCUACCGCUGAUUUGUUUCUUUGUAUACCCUGUUUGCGACAAUAUCAAUCAAAUUACUAGACGAUCAAUGUGUCGGAAAUCUUGCUUUAAUUUUCAAAAUCAUGUUUGUAUGAAAACUUUUAUGAACGAGCAACAAAUUUUGUCCAAUAUACUAUUUUCGUAUCAUAUACCAACAUGUGACAGUUUACCGCCAUCAAGCGAUGAUUCAUCUUGUAUCAUGGCCGAUCAACCUCGAAAUGUUUCGUCAAUUUCAAAAAUUUCACCUAUUGUUGAAAAUUCAUCGGCAUCAUCUUAUUUUCCCCUUUCAUCUUCCUGUAAAAUUUUUAUAUUCAGCAUUCUUUUUUGUCUAUUAUUACUACUCUCGUAUUGUUAUUAUUACAAUCGAAGCCAGCACAAGAAUCGUUUAUCUUCAUGUUCACCAAAAUUAUCACCAAGAAAACAAUCUUCUCGUUCUCUAACUCCUACUCAAUCGUCACCCUAUCAGACGCCGAUUAAUAUUAGACAAAACAAUCAAUUAACCAAUUCCUCAGCAUCAGCAUCCAUGCAUACAAAUCUAAGUUUUCUAAAUCAUCGACAAACAUUACAUAAAGCCGAGUCUAAUUAUCAACAAAUCUACUUUUCUGCCGUCAAUAAUGCGCAACGUGAGAUUCCAUUUACGAACAUCCGUUUUCUAGAAGAAAUCGGUGAAGGAGAGUUCGGACGAAUAUUUAUCGGUGAAAUAAUUGAUUCCGAAAAUAAAUGUAUUAUUAAAACAUUACAAAAUGAAAAUGUUAAAAAAGAAUAUCUUAGAGAAAUUGAAAUUUUUCGCCAUAUUCAUCAUAUAAAUAUAUCUCGUCUUAUUGGUAUUUGUACUUCACAAAAAAAUCCGUUUUCAUUAAUGAUUUAUGAGUAUUUAAACAACGGAGAUUUACACGAAUAUUUAAUUUUACAGCGUGCAAAACACACACAUUUGGCUGAUUUUCUUUCUGUAUCAAAACAAAUUGUAUCAGGAAUGAUAUAUUUAUCUGAUAGAAAUUUUCUUCACAAUGAUCUAUCAACAAAAAAUAUUCUUCUUUGUGAACAUUUAAAUGUUAAAAUAACUAAUAUCGGACGUUAUCGUCAACAAUACCAACUCGAUUAUUAUAAUAUAACAAAUCAUCUGUUGCCUAUACGAUGGAUGUCAAUUGAAUCAAUAUUUUCAGGUAUCUAUUCAGAGAUGUCUGAUGUUUGGUCAUUUGGUGUUUUAUUGUGGGAAAUGUUUUCAUAUGGUCUUCAGCCAUAUUAUGGAUAUACAAAUCCUGAAGUAAUUGAAAUGAUACGCGAUCGAGUAUUAUUAACAUGCCCAACGAAUUGCCCGAGAAGAAUUUAUGAAUUAAUGUGUUCAUGUUGGGAAGUAACUGGCGAACAACGAUCAACAUUUAUUGAACUUCUGCAAAGAUUAAAAGAAUUACAAGAGAAACCUACAGUAUCACCGUCGAUUGAUGAUGAAAUAAUAUCGCCAAAUCGUUUCGAAUCACUCAAAGAAAAAUAUAGAACCUACAUAUGA